AUGCUCCAUCAUAGACGCGAAGGGGCAAUCGGCGACCAGAAGGGAGCACGAUGGUUCGUUGCUCGACUCGCAAUCGGUGGCGGCCUCCGGGGUUCGACUAGACUGAAGAAGGGGAAGGAUCGAAGCAGCGAGGCGGUUGUGUCCUCGGACGAGAAGAAAGAAACGAAGCCCAUCGGGGCUGCUCGUCUUCAGUCUUGGAAGGAGUUGCGAAGGGGAAAGAAAUCAGAAAAGGGGUCCGAUAGAAGGAAGAAGGAAACACGAAGAACCUUGGUUAUUCUUAGCAGCAAUCGAAGGAUGAGAAGAAGGAAUAACAGAGGGGGGCUGAGAGUGGUAGUUUGUUGUCCAACAGGUAAGCGUAUGGGGCUGCUUUGGUUGAAGAAAAGGAGGGGGAAGGGUUUGCAGUCGAGGCUGGGAUAG